GUGAGGAGAGAAGUUGUGUUUAGACUCUCCGGAGCGCUUUUAUUUACUUGUUAUCCGCUCUAUAACACAGUUACAGUGCUAUUGUACUGUAUAGUGCUCUAAACCGCAGCGUUCAGUUCAGUUUUACUGCGGAACCUCUGAAGAGGCAGUUCAGCCGGACUGUGGAGUAAAGGCGCUUCUCCGCGGACUGAGAGCUGCUGCUGCUGCUGAGUUUCCUCGCGCCUGUCUGCAGCAGCUCGGCCGGACCUCGCGUGUGAGUUGAACACGGAGGGUGUUCUGAUCUUCCCGGCGCUCGUGCACUGCGUCGUCUCCCGCUGUGAGUGCUGGGGACUGCUGCGUUCUGACCGGGAGCACCGGGAACCGGGAGUCUGUUGUCAUGGCUACUGAGGACGCCACCUCCGCGAGCUCUGUGUGAACCAAAUGAACAUAUUCUCCUGAAAUUCAUCACCAACAACCAGGAUAGACAAAGAGCAAUGUUAACCUGCUGAAAGAGGUGAAGCAAAAGCCGUCCAGAAGAAUCUUCAGAACAAGCAGAAACAGUUUGAUACAUUUAACAGACAAAUGAAGACAAGUCCCAACAUGGAGAAACAUCAGCACUCUGCCAAGAGUUUUACUAAACAGAGUAAUCUCAAAAACCACCAGCGCAUUCACACAGGAGAUAAACCGUAUUACUGCUCAGACUGUGGGAAGAGUUUUACUAGACAGAGUAGUCUCAAAGUACACCAGCGCAUUCACACAGGAGAGAAACCGUAUCAAUGCUCAGACUGUGGGAGGAGUUUUACUAAACAGAAUACUCUCAAAAAACACCAGCGCAUUCACACAGGAGAGAAACCGCAUCACUGCUCAGACUGUGGGAGGAGUUUCACUCAACAGAGUAGUCUCACAAACCACCAGCGCAUUCACACAGGAGAGAAACCGUAUUACUGCUCAGACUGUGGGAGGAGUUUUAAUAAACAGAGUAAUCUCAAAAAACACCAGCGCAUUCACACAGGAGAGAAACCGUAUUACUGCUCAGACUGUUGGAGGAGUUUUUCUGAACAGGGUAAUCUCAAAAAACACCAGCGCAUUCACACAGGAAAGAAACCGUAUUACUGCUCAGAGUGUGGGAGAAGUUUUACUCAACAGAGUAAUCUCAAAAUACAUCAGCGCAUUCACACAGGAGUGAAACCGUAUCACUGCUCAGACUGUGGGAAAAAUUUUAGUCAAAAGAGUGUUCUUCAAAAUCACCAGCGCAUUCACACAGGAGAGAAACCGUAUUACUGCUCAGACUGUAGGAAGAGUUUUACUACACAGAGUGAUCUCAAAAAACACCAGCGCAUUCACAAAUGAUAGAAAACUAUCCCAAAUCUGUUUCAAUUAAAAGUGCGAAUCCUAAACCUUUCAGAACACCUUAUCCUACACAAAUGUUUAACUUUAUCCCUUGGGACACGUUCUACCAGAAAACUGAAUUUAACAAUGGAUUUUACAGGUUCUGCAAAAUGAAUCUUAUCCAGGGAUGAUGUUUAUUGAAUUCCAUGUUAUGUUUACUUGUAUGUUAGAUGUUCCAGGACAUUCUUUGUGUGACACAGCUCAGUGCUUAGGGUAGUUACUGUAGGAGUUCAGUUCUGAAGAAGGGAAAAAAACUUAGUCUGUAAAAUUUAGAUGUCAUAGUUGUUAGGAGUAGAGAAGGAUUAUUAGCUUGCAACUAAAUGUUUAGGACCAAAUCUUCAGAGCUUAUGAUUUGAAUGCUUUUAAUUUAUUUUCUAGUAUAUGCAGAUUUGAUUAUUUCUAUUAAUUUCUAGUAUCUCUGUUUUCACUCUGUGGAAGCCGUCCUCAGUUCCCCAAGCUAAGCAUAGCUUAUCUUAAUGCUAUUUACUGCUAGACCCAUCUGUAUGAAAGAAGAAGUGAAAACACCACCUGAGGAACUCCAGAGAGUGCUCCCAAAAGUGAGACCCAGAUCCACAAAGAGACGACACUGUGCUGGGUACUGCUGUGUGGACCGGAGGAGCAUCCAGACCCCGCAGAGAGGCCAACAAAAUCCUUUACAGAGGUUAAAUAAAACGCUCAAGCUGUAGUUCCCAUACUGAAAUCAACCCACUCCAGGUUUGUGUAGCGCAGUAAGGUUGCAGGCUCAUUCACUCCCUCUGCUGGUGUUCUCAUUUGUCUAUGGUUCAGUCGUUCUGAUUAAAAAUCUGUUACCAUA